AUGGAAAUUCGUUAUACUUCAGAAAAAAGUGGGGUCGUUUUGAACAGAAAAACUGCCAACGGUAGUUAUGUUCAGAAGGACACUAUUAUUUUGGAAUACAAAGAAGAUGAUUCAGAUGAAGUUCAUAAAGUGAAAGUGGACCGUGAAGGCGUCGUUGAGUUCGAGUUCUCAGUUAAAAAGAAUUCAAAGUUGUCCAAGGAAGAUUUGAUAGCAAAAGUUGUUGAUUGCUCACACGCUAUUGUUAUAAAAGACCUGUGUGCCACUUGUGGAAAAGAUUUGAGAGAGAAGGAUGGACGAGCUGGCCAAAGAAUAGAAUCUUCCGAGGCUAACGUUUCUAUGAUUCACCAUGUUCCCGAGCUCAUUGUUUCUAGCAAGUUGGCCAAAGAACUUGGCAGUCAAGAUCAACAAAAUCUUCUGUCAACUCGAAAACUUGUCCUUCUUGUUGAUUUAGAUCAGACUAUUAUUCAUACAACUAAUGGACCAGUAGCCCCGAGUCAAGUGACUGCUGAUACAUUUCGUUACAACAUCUAUAGAGGAGAAUAUCAUACGAAAUUAAGACCUUACACCAGGGAAUUCCUUCGAAACAUGAGCAAACUCUAUGAAAUGCAUAUCGUGACAUAUGGACAACGUCAAUAUGCCCAUAUGAUCGCUAAGCUGUUGGAUCCAGAGGGAGUUUUUUUCCGUGAACGGGUGCUCUCUCGAGAGGAACUACUUUCUUCCUGCCACAAAACAAGAAAUUUGAAAGCCCUUUUUCCCAACGGAGACCAAAUGAUUGCCAUUAUUGAUGACAGAUCUGAUGUGUGGCAGUAUUCCGAAGCCUUAGUACAGGUGAAACCGUAUCGUUUCUUCACAGAAGUAGGAGACAUCAAUUCUCCGACUGGUAGUAAUGAGGAACAACGAUUCGCCGAAGAUAGUUCUAAUGCUGAAAACGACAAUAUACUCGAGAAGAUCGAGCAAAUUCUUACUGAAGUUCAUUCAUGUUUUUACUCCCAUUAUGAUAAAACAGGUGAAAUCAAAGAUGUUAAAGUUAUUAUUGAAUGGUUGAGACAACAAGUACUUCGGCACCUUGUUAUUGUCCUGUCAGGUGUUGUACCUUUGGGCUUGGAGUUGGAGCGUUCUGAUAUUUACCGACUUUGUAAUCGUUUCGGAGCGAAGGUGGAAAAAGUUGUUACCGAUCAGACUACCCAUGUGAUUGCUGCUCGAUGGGGAACCGAUAAAGUUCAUCAAGCACAAAGAAGAGGGAUUCCUGUGGUAAAACCACGAUGGCUCCAGAAAUGUGUAGAGAAUUGGAUCAAGGCUGAUGAAAGCGAGUUUGAGUUAACCGCUGACACAUCAGACAAACCACAAUCUAAUCAGCUUGUCGUUCCGGAACUGGCAACUAUUGAGCCCAUGAGGAAGGAAGUCAUGAUGGACAUGGCCAAUGAGGUUGACGAGGCGUUAUCUGAUGAAAGUGAUAGUAGCUCUGAUUCAUCUGGAUCAUCUAGUUCUAGCAGCUCUUCUAGCCCCAGUGAUGAACAAAUGGAAGACGAAGAGGGAGAGGAGGGAAUGGAAGAGUCUGAUAGCAUUCCUGAACGAGCUGCUUCUCAUGAAGUGAAAUAUGACGCAAUGGAUGCUCAUACGGCGGAAGAAGACAAUGACGAUGAAGAAGAUCAUUCAGAUAUAAGCCUAGAUGAUGGUGACGACGACGGAAGCGGAGACGAUGAAGAAGACGAAGAUGAUGAUCUUGCAGCGCUCAUAGAACGUGAAAUUUCAGAGCGAUAG